UGAGGUUAUUGUUACAUAAUGGUACGUAAAAUUUGUAAAAACCUGAGUUUAAAAUAACUUGGACGUUAAUAGUUCGUCUACGCAUGCGCGAGAAGCACACGUUUUUUUCCCCGCUGUCAUGACAACCGUCGGUCCAUGUCUCGGCAAAUCUAAUCACACUGUGACAGUUCAACUUUACUCCUUUUAACCAAGAAAAAAAAAGUUCACUUCAAACUACUUUCUGUUUUCAUCGAACAGAUUCAGCCGCGCGGGUUUUCAGAGAGGAAAUAAUGAGCUCGACGACCUCUAAAGGUGUUUCAGGAGGAGCAGAAGCAGGUGAACAAAGUCCCCAAAACCGAGAAGGUCAGGUCGGUGAAGAGAGGCGACAAGGUCCCGGUGUUCAGGUGUGGCCCGACGGCUCCACAUAUGAGGGAGAGUUUAUGAACGGGUUCAAACACGGCAGAGGAAAGUUCACCUGGACAAGCGGAGAGUACUACGAGGGCUCUUUCUACAAAGACUACAGACACGGGGACGGACUGUUCUGUUGGCCCACAGGCCACAAGUUCAUUGGCAAGUUCUACCUAAACAGAAAAGAAGGAUAUGGUCAACAUCUGUUCCCCGAUGGAGCCUCUUUUCAGGGCUUGUACCAUGCUGACCAAAGGUUUGGUCCAGGUGUGGUCAGUUAUUCAGACGGACGUCAGGACGUGGGUCUGUGGCUUGGGCAGCGCCUGCUGAGGCUCUGCACUGCUGUAGAUGAGGCCUUUACCCUGGAGAACUUUCCUGAAUAUGCUCCCUACAUGGACCCAGCUGCCACCACUGACUGUCUGACUCAGCCUCCCGAUCUCUCAGGACUCGCUAGGACACGCUCUGAGGCACAUACAGACAGAGACCUGCUGUCAGAUGAGAAAUAUAUCUACCCCGCUGACAUGGAGAGUUACUCAACAGACGGCGACCACCUGCCGCUGCCCCCGGGCCGCAGGAGUGAGCUGGAUCAGCACUUUUAUGGCGAGCAAUGGGAGCCCGGCGCUGAUCUGCACCAGGGCUAUGAACGAGACCCACUUUUUAACCUUCCCUUACAGGCGCGCAUGCAGGCUCACUUGUACAACCACAGACGACAGGCUGAAAAUGUGGGCUGGGAUGUGGCAGCCGUUCUCUCUCUGGACAGGGAUGGUUUUGGUCCUAAAGGGCCUCUGGAAGUGGACUCAGAGCAGUUCAUCUGUCACGCCGGCCGGGGGGAAGUGCAGGCUGUUCGUCAGAUCCUCAAAACUGGUUUGGUCCACCCUGACGUAGCAGAUUCACAGGGACACACUGCACUGAUUGCUGCCACGGUCCACUGCCAUAAUGACUUGAUCCAGCUGUUGUUGGAUAUGGGUGCUGACAUUGACAAACUGAAUCAUGAAGGCAUGUCUGCCCUGGCCGUGUGUCACGUUCUCUACUACCCUUUCUGCUCUCUGGACACCACCUUGGCCAAACCACCUGCCAAAACUCAAGCUUUGUUGUCCCUGUCUGCAUGUGGGAACAGUCCUCAGAUCAGCCAAGUAGACUCUAAUACAAACACAACGGAGUCUUACAACAGACCUCAGACAAGUACCACAUCCCUGAGUGACCAGAGCCUCAUCUCUGACCAGGCAGCAGACGAACAAACGGAGCACAAGUCAGAUCAUGCAGGUAAAACGUGCAAUGACAGUGACCUCGCCACUGAGAGUCGGCCUGCUCCAGAGGAGACAGAGGAAGGAGGAGAGCUGCAAAUGAGUGAGGAAAGAAGACAUAAGGACGACGGCGGAGGGAGCAAAAGGAAGGGAAGGGGUGUUGUUGAAGAACAGGAUCAAACAUGGGAAAGUGAAAGUUGUGUAAAACAUUUUGUUGAAUCAAGAAAUGGAGCUGUUGAGUCGGACGACUGUGAGAGUGUGAGACACGUUCUUAAAAAGGACAGAGAGGAGAGGAAAAGUGUGCACCGUUCCAUUCAGGUGCUGGAUGGUCACAUCGCACUGGGCAGUGUGCAGUGGAGGGAACGUUGGGUUAGUGCAGCGGCAGUCAUUCAGCAGGACAAGGACAAAGACAAAGACCUGACCAAAAAGCAGAGCUUUGACUCUGCCUGCGCUCUCAGCAGCUACAGCAUCCACGUCACAGAGGAGGCGAUGCAGCGUUCAGCCGAAGCUCUGAGUCGCACCGGGCUUCUUCGGUUCUCUAACACGCAGGAGACCGUUCGCAAAAUGGCUGCCAUGAAAACUGAGCAUCGCGGUUAUCUGAACACCCUGGAGUUGUUAUUAAACCGGGGAGCUGACCCCAAUGUGUCCAAGGUCCCCAUGCCUGUCCUCUUCUUGGCUAUCAUGGCUGCUGACACCGAGGCUGUCAAGAGGCUGCUGCUGUGUGGCGCUCACACCGACAUUCCCCUUCCACCUGAGAGGAAAGGUCUUUACCCUCUCCAUGUGGCUGCAGCACUGCCAGGUUCUGCAGGUUGCAUGAUCACAGAGCUGCUGUUGCACGCCGUCACUGACCCAGAUUUACAGGCUUGUGACCAGGACGAGAUCUAUGAGCCAGACAGGGCUUUCAUGAAGUCUCAGAAACCACCGAGUGUCAAACAAGGUGGCAGUACACCGCUGCAUGUAGCCUGCCAACGAGACAGAGGCUACCAAAAUGCCAGUACGGUGGUGGCCCUCCUGCUCUCACACAGCGCCAGGACCGAUCUCAUCUGGAGUGGACACUCACCGCUCUCUUUGGCCAUAGCUAGUGGCAAUGAACUGGCGGUAGAGGAGUUGCUGAAAAGAGGUGCAGAUCCAAACAUCCCUCUGGGCCGUGGUGUGGGCAGCGCCCUCUGUACUGUCACCAACUUCAGUUAUCCCUUAGAUGGCAAAAGACCCAACCUGCUGGACAUGGUGGUGAAGGCCGGCGCUGACGCCCUGAUGCCAGUGAUGGUGGGCGAUUUCAUGGGAACCGCAGUGGACUACGCACACGCGUCGUUUUACCAGGACUUACGGAUCGCCAACACUCCCUUCCACGCUCUGAACGUGCAAGAGAGGGAGACGUUUAUAGCCCGGCGCCAGCUGCUGAGCACGAUGGGAGACCUGCUGAGAGAGACUGUCAUAAAGAGAGAGGCAGAGGCUCUAGAGAGAGAACGACAGCUCCUGCUAGACGGUGGCGCAGAUCCCUCACGACUACACUUAAUGGGAAAACAUAAGAAGUCGUCGUUUAAGUUCUGCUACCACUGUGGUCUCUCUGCGGCCAUGAAGCUGACGGCAUGCACUCGCUGCAACAAGGUCUACUUCUGCUCCACGGACUGUAAACUGAGAGCAUGGGAUGAAAGACACAAGGAGGAGUGUGUCCGGGUGUCAGCGUCUGCCAAGAAAAGGAAUAAUACUGACCCGGGGACAGCAGAAGCAGAUGGAGCAGAGACAGAUGUGGAGAACCAAGUCAACCCAAAAGAAAACUACAGCUGCAACUGAUGGACAAUUCAAAUUUACCUUUGCACUAAAAAUAUUUUUUCUUCUUUCCCAUUUCACCUCAGCCGGCCGAGGCAGAUGAUCCAGGUUCUGCCAAUAAUGUAUUUAUUUAUUUUUUCUCUCCACUGUCGCCAAAUCCUUGCUCACAGUUUAAAUAUUAGGUUUAUCUUCUUCAGGUUUAAGCCUUACUGUAUCAAGUGCUGAGAUUCUCAAGGUCAGACGUGUCAAACUGGCGGCCCGUGGGCCACAUGGGGCCCCUCCAAUCAUGUCAUAAGGAGCUCCAAUUCCUUUAAAACACAGUGUGUGCAGCCAAGAUGCAGAUAGUAUGUUUUAUAGAAAUAUUUGUAUAAUAGUAAGUAGUGUAGUAGUUCAUUCAAUAUUAAAUUACACACACAGACACACAUAAUUAAUGACAUUUGUUGUUUUUUUUUUUACAUGAUUUAUUCCUGUUUUUGAUAUUAAUCGGUUUAUUUAGCAUCAUAAAUGUUUUUUUAUAUUGUGAAGGACACAUCGUUCUUUACCAAAACAAGCACUUUUAAUUCAGUGAAAUAUCAUCAUGAAUAUCCUAAUUGGGAUAUCAUGAUGGAAUAUUGUAUAAUAAACUUUGUUAUUUUACUGAAAAGUAUUUUUUUCCCCCCAUUUUUUGGAAAGUGACACCCUGCCUCUAGGUCAUGAUAUUCCACUAGCCAACAAAAUGUCUAACAAAACCAGGGGAAUCUUUUUUACUGACAUCAACAUGACAACUGUGAACAGUGGGCUUAUAGCUUUACAUCUUUAAUAAAAUGCACAUAGAAUAUC